CACACAUCCCGUUGAACAUUAUUGCAAACUUUUUGUACCAACAGCCGCUGCUGCCAAAUUCUGAGAUUUCCGUUGGGUUCAGUCUUUCAACCAAAACAAACAGAAAACUACAAGAUGUCUGCUCCAGGUGCUCCUCAAACCGCUCAAGCUGUUAGCCUCACCAAGAAGACUAAGAAGUCUGGUGAUACCAUCAACUCUAAGUUGGCUUUGACCAUGAAGAGUGGUAAGUAUGUCUUGGGUUACAAGUCUACCUUGAAGGCUCUUCGCUCUGGUAAGGCCAAGCUUAUCCUCCUUGCCGGUAACACUCCUGCCCUUCGCAAGUCUGAAUUGGAAUACUAUGCUAUGCUUAGCAAGUGCUCUGUCCACCAUUACAAUGGCUCUAACAUUGAUUUGGGUACUGCCGCUGGUCGUCUUUUCCGCGUUGGUGUCCUUGCAAUCAUUGACGCCGGUGACUCUGAUAUUCUUAAUCAGUAAAAUGCCACGGAGCUAAUUUUCUGCUGUCAUUCCAUUUAAAAACUUACUGGUUAGAGGAAAAAUUCUGAAUAAGAUAUACUUUUGGUGUUCUUUAUAGAAUGUAUAUUCCAAAAGCUUAUUUUGACAUUUACA